GAAUUAUAUAAGCGGGUUUAUUUUUUAAAGCAAAACUGUGUAAUAGAACAUACACUCACGACAGUAUAAUGGACAAAUUGUUUGAAGAGGUUGAAGAGCCAGUGAGUCCUCAUGGACAGUAUUUCAACACCUCUGUCAUGUGUUCAUAUAUCUUUGGCUUUCUGGAAUUAACCACUUCAUCUGAUGUCUCACUAGCUAUACCCUUGAUCAAAGAUGUCUUCCUCCCUAUCAAUCCACGUUUCUCCUCUAUUAUGGUAAGACAUGAAGAUGGUAAGAUGAGAUGGCAAAAAGUUGAAGUGAAGCCAGAAGAGCAUGUAAAAAUUCCUAAAUUUCCUGAAACCACAAACUCAUCACCAAUUGAAUUGUAUGACAAUCAUCUUAGUGACUACGUUACAAGUAUUUUAAUUGAAAGAACACCACAAGACAAACCACUUUGGGAAAUUCAUAUUAUAAAUUAUCCAACAACAAAUGCUGCUAGCACCAUAAUAUUCAAACUUCAUCAUUCACUUGGUGAUGGUUACUCUCUCAUGGCUGCUCUUCUUUCUUGUCUUCAAAGAGCUGAUGAUCCUUCUCUUCCUCUCACUUUUCCUUCACGGCCACAACUGAAUUCAAAAUAUGAAGAUAAAAGCUUAUUUAAGAAGCUGUGUUUUGGUGUAAGCUCGUUUUUUAGCUCCAUAUCAGAUUUUGGAUCAAGCAUAAUAAAGACCAGAAUGAUUCCAGAUGACAUAUCACCUAUAAGAUCAGGAUAUGAAGGAAUUGAAUCUCGGCCUGUUAUCUUGUCAAACAUAUCAUUUUCGCUUGAUCAAAUCAAAGAAAUCAAAUCAAAACUUGGAGUGACUAUAAACGAUGUGGUUUGUGGGAUGAUCUUCUAUGGACUUAGGCUAUACAUGGAAGAGAUGAAUGAGAAAACAAAAACAUCAAAUUCAACAGCAUUGGUAAUGCUCAACACAAGAAAUAUUAAAGGUUAUCAAUCAUUGAAGGAAAUGCAAAAGCCAGAGUACAAAGGUCUUUGGGGGAAUAAAAUAUCUUUCUUACAAAUUCCAAUUCCUAAUCCAAACCAAUCAGGAAUUCUGAACCCUCUUGAGUUUGUUUGGGAAGCUCGUGAAGUAAUCAAGAGGAAGAAAAGUUCUUUCAGUGUUCAUCUCAUAGGUUUGCUCAUGGAUUUGGAGAUGAAAUUAAGAGGGCCUGAGGCAGUAUCUAAAAUAAUUUAUGACACAAUUGGAAACACGAGUGUUGUUAUCUCAAACCUAAUAGGGCCAGUGGAGAAAAUGACUUUGGCAAAUCAUUCGGUAAAUGGAUUGUAUUUCACAAUGACAGGUGGACCUCAGGAUAUAAACAUUACAAUUGUAAGCUAUGUGAAAAUAUUAAGAGUGACCCUGAAUACUCUAAAGGGAUUUAUAGAUGAACAGAAACUAAAGUUUUCCAUAGAGAAAGCAUUUGAAGUUAUAUUUAAAGCAUCUAUGAAGAUCUCUCAGAUAUCCACCAAAGAUUAUUUGGCAGAUACAUAGAUAGGAUUGAUUUAAGCUUAGUGAAAAUAAAAUUAUAUUAUAUAUGUUAUGUAUACAAAUAUUUAUAUAAGUUUAUUAAUGCAUCACUUAAUAUAUUAUUAUUAUUAUAUCUGACAACUUGAUAAUUGUAAAAUUAUACUAUUAUACAAAUAUUUAUAUAAGUUUAUUAAUGCAUCACUUAAUAUAUUAAUAUUAUUAUAUGUGACGAUUUGAAUAUUGUAAAAUUAUACUAUUAUGACUCCGUAUGAUAAAAACAACGGUUGGUUUAAUCAAUUAGCUUAUAACUUAUAGCUUUUGGCUAAUGAUAGAUGACUGAUAGCUUAUAAUUAAUGGUUGAUGAUUAAUAGCUGAUAAAUUAGUUAAAGUGUUCGAUAAAAUUAACGGUUCAACUAACUUAUAAAUGUAAAAUAACAUAAAAGAUAUUUAAUAUAUGAUUAUUUUAUUUUAAAUUAAGAUAAAUUAUAAAGGAUAAAAGUAAGUUUUUGUUAAAAUAAUAAAGGUAAAAGUAGAAGAAAAAAUGAUAAGCUAUAAGCAAUAAGUCAAAACGCUGUUUGAAAUAGCGUUUAAAAAAUAAGUUAUAAAC